AUGGCGGACCAAUCUCGGAAAUGCUUGAGUACAGUUCGGUUACAAGUUGGAGUUGUCAGUGUCAGUUAUUUCCUAUUUAGAAUUGGAGCAACCAUGUUUGAUACAAUAGUAGGACCAUAUUUACUUCGUGUUGUGUGUGAAAAGAGAUUUCUGGAAAACAGAACAAUUUGUGAUCGUCUUGAACAAAAUCCAGUGAUUGAAAACGAGGUUCGAGAAUAUGCGGGAUUUUAUUUCAUACUCUAUCGGUUGUUUUUGAAUAUCCCUGCUAUAUUUUCUGGAUUAUUUUGUGGAGCAUGGAGUGACAGGAAAGGCCGAAAGAUACCAAUGCUUUUUCCAUGUGUAGGAAUUAUAUUAUCUGCAAUGUGUUUUAUUAUAAGCUUGUACAUGGGACCCCUCGCUGUUUGGGUUGCUUUGCUUGGAACUUUGAUACAAUCAGUGUCCGGAAAUACUCCCGUUUUUGCAAUGACUGUAAAUUCAUACAUCGCUUCAGGAUCAGAUAAUGAUCAAAGAACGAAACAAAUUUCAAUGCUUUAUGCAAUGAGUUCAUUCGGAAUGAGUUUUGGGGCAUUUCUAGCAGGAUUAUUGAAAUGGGAGUUGUUGAUUUCUUACGGAAUAGUGAUUGGAUUUCAGUGUUUAACUGCAUUUGUUAUUAUUUUGUUUUUACGAGAAACUGGAAAUAAUCCAAAAAACGGUUAUACUGAGCACAAAUCAGAAACGGAAACAAACGGCAUAACUUGCUCUAACCUGUCUAGUGGAAUAAAAUCGUAUAUAUCUUUGUUGACGGAAAAGGGAACUAAUUCGGUUCAGACAGUUGUUAUUGUUCAGCUCUGUCUAACAUUUAUUUACGGCUGUGAUAUAAAUGGCGUGGAAGAUGUUUUACUCAUGUACGUAACAGCACGGCCUUUCAACUGGUCUAAAUCUUGGUAUUCUUAUUAUGUUUCAAUAAGACAUAUUUCUACGGGGUUCGUCCUUUUGGUUUUAUUACCAUUUCUAUCAAAUGUGCUAAAACUCAGUGACUGUACAGUGAUAAGUUUAGGAUUACUAUGUAAUGUAUCACGGUAUGUUGGAACCGGACUAAGCAACAAGUCCUGGAUGAUAUACGCAUUAAUGACUGUAUGGUCUGUAUCAUUAGUAACCAGACCAUGUAACUGGUCAACUCUGAGCAAAGCUGCGAACGAACAAGAGCAGGGGAAAAUGUUUACACUUUUUUCUAUUACCGACACAGUUUCAAAAUGUGUAGGAUCAAUGGUGUAUGUGAAUCUGUAUGGUGCUACGGUUGCUUUUUGUCCGAGCAUUGCUUUUUACCUGAUGGGCUUUGUAAAUGUUGUUAUGUUACUUGCUGGAAUUGCUAGCAUAUGUUAUAGAAGGGUAAUUCAGUGCAACAAAAACGUAGCUAAAAUGGAACCUACUGAGAAAAGCAACCUGCAGGAUUCGUGCAAUUCUAGCAAGCUACAGUAUGUAUCAACUAAAAUGGAUUUAAAGUAA